AUGGAGCCGGUUGGAUUAGCCGUCGGAAUCGCUGGGCUCGCGGGCAUUCUGAGCACUUGUCUAGAUGUCAUCGAGAGAGUCGACAUAUAUAAAGAUUUCGACCGUGAUUCACGUUCACUCGCUGUCCAGCUCGAUGCGGAAAAGCUUCGCCUCAAAAAAUGGGCCUGCGAUGUCGGAUUCCGGCAAGGGAAGCUCUCGAACGACCAUCACACCGCUCUGAAUGACCCGCAGGUCCGCUUGAUGGCAGUAGAACUGCUUAGUGUCAUCAAGGCAAUCUGUGGUGACGUAACAACAUCAGAACUCGGGCUGGAUGAAAAUUUAGCAACCGUCACUCGCGGCAUCCAAUCCCUUCCAAAGUCAUCAGAAUCAAGGAGGCAAAAGCUUGUUUGGUCCUUGAGGGGCAAGGCUAGACGCACUUCUCAAGUCGAAAACCUCGGAGUUCUCGUCCAGCAUCUGCACAACCUGGUUCCUCCAGAUAGUUCAUUUCCAGGUGGGGAAGCUACCAAUAAGUCCAAUGAGACUUGUGCUUAUGGAAUAGGUGUGUCUUUACGCCCGCGUCCCCUUGAGCUCAAGCACAGUUCAAGCAUCGGCUAUGACGAUAUUGAGAAACAGACGUGGCUUCGAGAGCUUCGACAGACCUUGUCUCGGUUGGAAAGGGAGAUGGAAGCCGAGACUCGACGAGACCUUCGGGCCUGGCUAGCAUGCCCACCGCCGAACGAUCUCUUCCCUGAAGCCAAAGAGAGAAGAAUCAAUGGGACGUGUGAUUGGAUCAUUGACCGUCCCGAAUUCGUUGAGUGGCUUGCUCUAAACGAAGCGUGUAAAAUUGUCGAUGAUACCGAAAGGCUCCUGUGGGUCAAUGGACCAGCCGGGUUUGGAAAGACUGUUCUUUGCGCGAGAAUCAUCGAACAUUUGAGAUCGAUAUCCCAGACGCCAGUGAUCUAUUUCUUCUUGUCAUCUGAAUUCGAAAGCCGCGACAAUCCCUAUGCGGCGAUUCGAGCAUGGGUCCACCAGAUGGCAUCGUCCGACCAGAUUACCUAUCAGUUGGUGCGAGAAAAGUGGCUAGCUCAAAACGAACAAUUCGCCACCGAGACAGAAAUCGUCAGUAUCUUUCGAGAAAUUUUGCAAGUCGUACCUGGAGCCAUCUUGGUCUUGGAUGGCUUGGAUGAGUGUACUUGGUUGGGGAAGGCUCCCCAUGACGGGAAGUCCUUGGGGAGGUUUCUCAACACCGUGAUUGGGGCAAUUACCAACACGGCAUCUCGCCUCCUAGUUGUCAGUCGGGACGAGCCUGAGAUUCGAAGUGCUAUGAUGUGCUCAAAAAACUGCGAGGAACUCAAAAUCGAUCCUGAAGACGUGCAAUCCGACGUUGCUCGAUACGCAAGAAGUAUUGUCGACAAGAAGCUGCCGAGAAAGGACGAAGCAACAAGAGAAGGUGUCUCCAAGAUGCUUGCGGAUCGGUCCAAUGGCCAACUCCUCUGGGUCAAGUUACACGAAGAUUCCUUGCGCAGCUGGAAGAACAAGAAGCAACUUGAGGAUGCGAUCAAUGAAAUACCGUCUGGACUUGAUCAUGUUUAUGAACGAAAUUGGACACGCAUUUCUAAACUACCAGAACCGAUCCGUAAACGUGCCUAUUCUCUAUUACAAUGGGCGGCUUUUGCUCUGCGGCCCUUGACCGUCAACGAAAUCUCCGAGGCUAUGUUGAUCGACGAGGAAGAUUUCAACUUCCCUGAGGAUGAGUUGCCCGAUGAAGUUGAUGACGACUUCAUUGAAAGCGAAAUACAAAGCCCCUGCGGCUCGCUUUUGGAAGUUCGAGUCAAACAACAUUUUCUUUGCAACAUUUCAUCUCAAUCGCUAUCGAUUCGCAUGAACAGUCAAGUCUCAAACGAGCUUCAACAAAACAGCAGGCUAGCAAAGCUUUGCCUUCGCUACAUCAACAGUCAAUACUUCUGGGACUUUGAAGAGAAGAUCAAUUCGACGGUUCAAAUGGAAAGCACCCAGGAAGAAAAACUUCAAGUGAGCGUCAAGGGGUCAUUCCGACACUACGCCGCGAGUUCAUGGUAUCAGCAUUCCACCGUCGGUUAUGAGGAAGACGAAGAACUCACAAUGCUCAUGAUGAAUUUGUUCGAUGAAGUCAAUCCCAGCUGGGAAACGUGGCGUGACUUGUUUGAGAAGUACAGCGUAGAGCUCGGUUUGGGAGCUGAUUCAUCAACUGAACCUCACCAUGCUAGUCCUUUACACUACGCUGCCCGUCUUGGCUUCACUGAGCUUGCUUCCUGCCUCAUCCACGACGAGAAGCAUCAUGUGAAUGCCAAGGCGCCAUUUGGUAGAACAGCUCUUGAGAUUGCAGGCAACGCUGGGAAUUUGACACUCUCAAAGAUCCUUCUAGAUGCGGGGGCCGAUAUUUCAAUGUCGAAUCACACAGGGUCGACACCUCUCAUCGAAGCUUCGUAUUAUGGAGCCUAUGAGGUUAUUGAACUCCUUCUCGAUAGAGGCGCAGACUGCGAGAAAACAAGUAACUACAACUGGACGGCACUACACGUAGCUUCCUACUACGGCCAUCUCGACGUCGUCGCGUUGCUGCUCAGAAGGGGAGCUAACAUCACUGUUGCUAACGAUGGCGGUUGGACACCACUCAAUGUGGCCUCUCACUGCGGACACUUCGAUGUGAUUGAACUGCUCCUCGACAAUGGGGCCGAAAUUCUAACCCGGAGUAAUGAUGGUUGGUCGCCGCUUAAUGCUGCCUCUCACUUUGGACACCUUGACAUUGUCAACUUGCUCCUGAGGAAGGGGGCUGAUGUUCACCACGCAAAUCUUAGCAAAUGGUCAUCGAUACAUUUCGCUUCUGAUGGUGGUCACUAUGAGAUCGUCAAUAUGCUUCUGGGUGCAGGCGCCGACGUCGCAGCUGUAACCAAUAAUUCAACGACGCCGCUGCAUAUAGCAUCAAGUCGUGGCCAUCUAGAGAUUGUCGAGCUACUUCUGGACAAUGGCGCUGACUCGAACGCUGUGGAUGAUAGCCAAUGGACACCGAUUUUCUUGGCAUCGAGUUGCGGGCAUGAAAAAGUAGCCAAGCUACUUCUUAGUCGGUGCAACGACGUAUCUCGGGCCAACAAAGCCGGAAUGGUGCCACUUUACUCAGCUUCAGCUGCCGUGAACAGCAAGCUUGCUGAGCUGCUUCUUAGCGACUCUCGUAAUGAUGGUUCCUUGCGAGCCUACGCAGGAUGGACGCUACUCCACGAGGCGUCGUAUAACGGGCGCGUUGGGGUGAUUGAACUACUUCUUGCUGAGGGAGUAGAUGUACGGUUGACUGACGAGCGUGGGUGGACGCCUCUACACGCUGCAGCUCUGAGCGGGCAUACAGAAGUUGCAGAGUUGCUGCUUCAGAGCCCUAGGUGCAGUACCCAUGUACAAGAUAACAGUGGCCGAACACCAGUAUUUUAUGCAUCGGCCCGCGGGCAUUACGAAUUAAUCCAAAUACUAACCACUCAGAAUCGACUGGACCUUCAGAUCACGGAUCAGUAUGGAUCAACCCCAUUAUCUGCAGCUUGUCGCAAUGGACAUGAAGAAGCCGUCAAAUAUCUGCUCUCAGUCGACGAGGGAUCAUUUGAGUCUCGAGAUGGACUAGGGCGAAGCUCGAUGUGGUGGGCACGAAAAAGUGGCAGCACCCAAGUCAUCGAAUCGGUCUUGCAACAUGCAUUGAUGCUCAAGAUUCAUAUUCCGGAGAACAACGAGCUUGGCGCACAAGGGGCGAACUUCGAUUGCGAUUCAGCGUGGUGUGAUAUUUGCAUGACUUGUACCUUCCCAGAUGAGCAGGCAUUCUACACCUGUAGCUUGUGCGAUGGAGGUGACUUCGUCAUCUGCCUGGAAUGUAAGGAUCUUGGUCUCGAAUGCCAAGAUGCUUCUCAUUGCUGGACCUUUCAAGAACCCUAUUAG